AUGGCGACCGCGAACCCCCUUCCCGAGCAGCUCAUCUACCUGAUCAUACGAUUCACGGCAUCGGUACCUGAUCUUCCGCUUUCAAUAAAUGCCCCAAGAACGAUCACCACCCUCUCAUUAAAGCAGCUCAUUCGCGAGUACCUGCCGCCUAAUCAUGCUCCUGCGCGUCUUCGAUUGAUAUACGCCGGCAAGGUCCUCGCAGACACAGAACCACUUGCAAAGUCUUUACGAAUACCGCAACCUCCACCACGUCGCGAUGGGCCAUACAAUGAAGACGGGCCCGGCAGCAAGAGCAAAGGGAAACAACCGCUGCGCGACACACCCGCCGUAGAAUAUGGCACAACAACCGAACCCCCAUCCGACGCGAAGAAGUACUACAUCCACUGCUCCCUCGGCGACGCGUUGUCUCCCGCCGAAUUAUCCCAAGAAGCCACGCUCGCGCAAACCACAGAGGACUCGCUGAAGUCGCAAUACGAGUCGUCACAAACAUCAUCACAGCGCCGGGAGAGCAAGAGCUCAAUAAACGAUGUCCGCCGCCGCAGCUCUACAGCAACCGCACCCCAGCCCCAGCCCCAAGGCUUCGACCGCCUCCUCUCCUCCGGCUUCACGCCCCAAGAAGUCGCUUCCCUACGCUCGCACUUCCAGACAAACCUCUCCUUCACGCACACGCCCGACACCAUGCCCUCGCCCGCGGAAAUGCGCGUGCUCGAGGACCGGUGGCUGGACAGCACGGCUACAGACCCGUCACCCGCAUUGACAGGGGAAGGUGGGGAUACAGGCUGGGGUGCGGGGUUUGCGGUGGAGGACGGCGGGCUGGACGAUAUGCUGUGGGGGUAUAUGACGGGGUUUUUUUGGCCGUUGGGCGCGCUGGUUUGGGGGUUUAGAGAGGAGGGGGUGUGGAGUCGGAGAAGGCAGUUGGCGGUUGUGAUGGGGGUGUUGAUUAAUACGAUUUUUGGCUUCAUGAGGUGGAGUGCUUGA